AGAGCCAGACAGCAGCAGCAGAGGCUCAAACGUGCUCCUACCUUCAGGAUAUACAGCCGGGGGAGCCGCUGGCACUGACUUCCUUAUUUAUUUGGACUCUAAGUAUGCUGAUAUAAUCUCAGAAAAUGGACCUACGAGUAGCGAGCAUCCUGUUCCUCCUGGUGGCCCUGGUUGCUGCCCACGGCGAGAGAUACGUUGUGAAGAAACUGGUGAAGGCACCUCAGUACCAGCCAUACUCAGUCAAGAGCCAUGUUGUUUCAGUAGCAGGAGAGCCAGGUGCUCCAGGUGAGCCCGGCCCCGAAGGACCCCCUGGACCUCCCGGACCCCAAGGAGAGACUGGUGAAGGAAUCCCUGGACCUCAGGGACCACCCGGACCUCCCGGACCUGCUGGCUAUUCUGCACCUGGUAAACCAGGCACUCCAGGUGGACCCGGCAAACCAGGCGCAACAGGUUAUCCUGGAGCUAAAGGAGACCCUGGUGCACCUGGUCCUCAGGGAGCAAGGGGCGCACCUGGACCUUCCGGCAGCCCCGGGCCUGCUGGCAUUUCUGCAGCUGGCAAACCUGGAGCAGCUGGGUUGCCUGGAGCAAUGGGACCAAGAGGAGAGCAAGGUCUUAAGGGACACCCAGGUCUGCCUGGAAUCCCUGGGCAGAAAGGAGAGAGGGGUGUUGGCUUUCAGGGACCUCAGGGUGAGACCGGCGCAACUGGACCUGCUGGACCUGCAGGGGCACCUGGCCAGCCUGGAGUUGGUAAACCAGGUAAACCUGGAUACCCAGGUGAGCCAGGUAAGUCAGGUGCACCUGGUCAGGAUGGUACACCAGGUGCUGUAGGACCACAAGGACCAAAAGGUCAGACUGGAGCACCCGGAAUUGGAGUUUCAGGCAAGCCAGGUGAAAACGGUGCUCCAGGUAUUCCUGGUCCUACCGGCCCCAAAGGUCCCCAGGGAGCAACUGGAGCACCUGGUGCUCCCGGUGUCCCAGGUUAUGGCAAGCCAGGUGCAAAUGGUCUGAAGGGUGAUACAGGACCAGCAGGUAGCCCCGGUACAACAGGUCAGAAAGGUGAGCCAGGUGCUAGGGGAGCCACCGGAUAUACAGGUGCCACUGGUUCUCAGGGUCCAGCUGGUCCUCAGGGUCCUAGAGGUUUCCCAGGUGAGAGGGGAGCUCAGGGUGAUAAGGGAGACACAGGUUCAGCUGGGCCUCAGGGCAUUAAGGGACACAAGGGAGAGCAGGGUCCACAAGGUAUUGAGGGAAAACAGGGUUACCCAGGUGCACAAGGCCCACAAGGCCCAAGGGGAGCUACUGGUGCCACAGGAAGCAAGGGAGAUACUGGUGCCACUGGUGCUCAGGGGGCUCCAGGUAUUCCUGGACCUGCUGGACACAAGGGUCUUACAGGACACACUGGCCCAGCUGGUGAGACAGGACCUGCAGGUGCUCCAGGUGCAAGAGGUCCUACUGGACCUUCUGGCCCAGCUGGUGCCACAGGUGCUAAAGGUCAUCCUGGUCUUCCUGGGCCUCCUGGCCCCGCAGGUCUUGCUGCUAAAGGAAUUCCCGGACCUCAGGGUCCACCUGGACUUCCUGGGUCUGAUGGUGCUCCCGGUGUAAAUGGACCACCUGGUCCUCCUGGCCCACCUGGUCCCCCUGGCGAGGUUGUCUUUGAGAAAUCUGGUGUCCCCGCUGAAAUUGUAAUGCCUUACGUCAAGACCCCAAUGUCUGCAUUUACCGUCGCAACUGUGACCCCAUAUCCUCCAUCUGGUAGCCCCAUUAAGUUCGAACAGGUGGUUUACAAUGCUGAGCACCACUAUGACCCCGAGACAGGUCUCUUUACCUGCCAGGUUCCAGGAAUCUAUUACUUCUCCUACAGCAUGCAUGUGAACGGAGCCAAUGCUUUGGUGGCACUGUACAAGAACAGUGACCCCAUCAUGUUCACCUAUGAUGAGUACAACAAGGGAUUCCUGGACCAGAUGUCUGGCAGUGCUGUCCUUCAGCUUAACGAGCAGGACACAGUUUACGUUCAGAUCCCCGAUGAUGAGGCUAAUGGUGUCUUUGCUGCCGACAACGUCCACUGCUCCUUCAGUGGCUUCCUGAUCGCCUCAACGUGAUAGGGUAGUAGAACCAUUCCUUAACUCCUAAACCCUCUUUCUGUUUCCAAAGCGAGAAUAACGACCUGCUCGUCUAGAGAGGUUGUUCUUCGGUUUUGAGAAAUAGGGGCAUCUCAACUUGAAAAUACACCAAGCAGUGGGUGCUAGUAAAAGAAGGAACUAAUUUAUGCAACAGGUUAUCAGGGACAGACAGACAGUUAUGAACAAAAGUCAUGAGCAGUUAUCUUUAUUUACUUUCGGGGGUGGAGGAAGCAUGUGAAGUUUAAUUUUAUUAUUUCAUGUCCUGACAAUCACUUUUUUGUCUGUUUGUUUUGUUUUUCCUUUUUCUUUCGAUCACAGAGGGUGAUUUCAUUUCUAUGUAUUUUUUUUACUUGUUAUUGUCAACUUUAUUUCUUUAUUGAUAACACACAAAAAGAAUGUUUUUGUUUUCCAGACAUCCUUGCAUCUGACUUGAAUAUUGUGAAAUGGUCAAAUUGAUCAUAAAGUAACACUCAAAGACGUACAAAACACUUUUUCUACGCAUUAAAAAAAACUGUGCAUUGUAAACCGUAUUGACUACAAUAAACUAUGUGUUAAAGAACUCAAA